CCUCGCCUUGCUGAAGUGCUCUGCUGAGAAACAUGCAGUGGGCUUGGUGUGAACAGAACUGCAUGCUGUAGAAGAGAAGACACCUGCCUUAUAACUUGCAGGGCUCCAAGUCAAAAGCAGCACCCCAAUAUGAUGGAAGAGUUUUGACUUGAUCCCGACUAUCUCCUGUUUGGCCUUCAUGCUGGAAUUUGGGAAAAGUUGGGUGGCGAGAUGAUUCCUUGUGUAUUGGUCUUGCUGCCACAAGAGGCGUAGAGGUCAUGACCCAGUACAGGGUUGUGGAAUGUAAGGCACUGGGUCGCGGUGGCUCUGGUCAGCACCACCAACCGAGUCAUUAAAAGUCCUGUCGGCAGUGCUACCUGGCUAAGGCAGGCUAGUCCCUACCUGUUCUGACACUGCGCUGCGCCGCGCCCUGGAAGUGGCCAGCAGGUCUGGCUCCUAGGUGGGGGGAUAUUGAGCUCUGUGCACUGCCCCUGCCCCAAGCACUGGUCAAUGGGAGCUAGAGGGGGCGGUGCCAGGGGGUGAGAGCCACGCGGAGCCACUUGCUCACCUCCGCCUAGGAGCCAGACCUGCUGCUAGCCGCUAUCAGGGCGCAGUGCGGCCCGCAGUGCGAGGACAGACAGGAAGCCUGCCUCUGCACCCUGGCUGAGCCACUGACGAAGAGCUGUCUGAGAUGCUGCCCAGGGAACUUCAGCUGCCCAGAAGAGAGACUAAAUUACUGGUGCUUUUAAUGUUCAUCUUUCUUCUUUGUCACUCAGGGCCAAUGAUCCAAACCACAUCCAUUGCACUGAAUUCAACGAUGGUCUCAGUGUUACAGGGUGAAACAGUGAAAGCAGUCUGUGCGCAGAACAUCAAUGAAACGGAAGGGCUCGCUAUAACUCUGAGAAGAAACGGCAGCUCUGCUGAGCUGUGUUACAUACAGCUUGGAAAUUACACAUUUUGGAGCAGAAAUUGCACAGACCGUAUGAAUCUAGAAUACAAUAAACUGACAAAAGGGGUUUAUGCUGUUAUGGAGAGAGUCUCUGUCAAACAGUCUGGUGUUUACAGCUGCACCUUGGACAAGAUACUUCCCCCUCCUGUGAGACUGCUAAGCCAGUCUCACAUUUCCCUCACAGUGUCAGCUCUUCCAGUGGUUGAGGUUUUUUUGGCCUCUUCUUCAUCCAUUGACAAGGAGAUCACGUUAACUUGCAGUGCUUGGGACUUCUAUCCUGUAGACAUCCAGCUCUCCUGGAGUAAGGACAGCCAGUUGCUCACUAACUCAACAAGGAAUGACUCUCUGUUCCACAAUAGCAACGGGUCUUAUUCCUAUAUAAGUAACCUUGUUGUUUCCAAACAUGACUGGAAUGAAUUUGCCCAGUUUUUCUGCCAAGUAAAUCACUCUACACUGAAAAUGCCUGUUGUGAAAAACCUCACCCUGACCCAGUCUGGUAAAGCAAUUUCAGAUUCCAACCUGCACUGGAUCCCUGUCAUACUGCUUGGUGUCUCGGCAAUAUUGGUAGCAAUAAUUGUGGCAAAGUCUAUGAAAUUAAGAUUCAAGUCCACAUCACAGAGCUCCGCAGAAAGGAGAUUGCCAGAGACAGCUGAGACACAUCCUCCACAAGAAAGCCAGAGUGAUACAAUCUAUUCAUUGCUUACUCAUUAUCCAGAAUCUACUUUAUGAGCUGCUGUCAAGUGUAGUACGUGGGCCCUGAAAUAUAGAAGAAGAAAAUGUUGCAUUCUAUUGCAGUCUUCAGUGCUGGAUGUGCCUAUCGGAUGAUUACCGACAGGAGUGUCUAGAGAAACAAAUAAUGACUUGCUCCUGGUAAUACAGUACGGAAACCUAGAGCUGUUAAACAAGUGGACUAAAAACAGGGGCAGAGCAGUUUGCUGGACGCUCGUUGGAGUUCUCAGCGAUAAGACAGUACUAUGAAACAAGAAGACAGGUGUGUAAUCUGACACAUAAAGGGAAUUGAAACACCCUGGGGAUUUUUUAAAAGGUGCCCAAUCUGAGGGCCAGGUGCCUUGGGGAGACGAUGCACUUAUCUGGAGGUGGAGCAUUAUGGGAAUGCCAUGAGGUUAGGUGAUUGUAUGCAUCCAGCAGGACUUGAUACUCUUCCUUUUGAGUCAGUAUUGAACCAAUAUUCCAUCAGAACAGUAGGGGGAUGUUUUUGUUCAAGGUUCUGUUUUUCAGAUGUCAUGUUAAACUUAGGUACCAAUCACUUAUGAUCAUUAAAUGCCAAAUACAUCAUAUGUAAGAUCAUGAGUGUUCUGGCUAUAUUCCUGUGUAACAGCAGCCUGUCGAAAAUUCCCCAUCUAGUUUAAUUCAGAUACAGCAUGAUGUGUUCUGUCACACAUCUGCCAUAUUCCACCACAGAGGUGGCUGCAUUUCAAUAGCUAGCAAAGUGAUCCUGCAUGCAGUACAGUAUAUAGUUUGCAAACCACUUUGUGAUGUGCUUGGGAUGCUUUUUGGAUGAAAGAAGAGCUAAAUAAAUGCAAAGUUUUAUCACUGAGUGAAAUAACCCUACACUUAUUGUCUUCACAAACGUUACACAAAUCCAUACUCUCACCAUAUUUAAGUGUAUUACUCUUUGCUUCCUCAGCCACACUUUAUGAAAGACACUGAUGAUCUAAGUUGUUGACUUUCAUAGAAAAAAAUAUCACCAUGCAGCAAUAAGAAUGGCUAUAUUUUUUUACUAUAUUCUUACUAAUCCUCAAUUCCGUGUGUUCAUACCCAGGACACUGGUAUAUUAAUGCAUUGAAAUGACAAUGUCUGAAAUUUCUAGACUUGAGAUCAAAAUGGAGGUGUUAUUGGGAAGAAAAUGGUGUUGCGGGUCACGGCUUUCUGUUAAGUGUAUGCUCACUUGUCCAUAAUUUGUUCUCAUGUGUUGAUUGUAUAAUUGUUUACAAAUCAUUAAAGAUAUUUAACAAUGAAAGGUAGC